AUGGAGGAGGAUUACAACUUCAAAGCCACAGUGCAAAUGUACAAAAAACGCUUCACCAAAUGGGGAUUCCAGAAGAAUGUUCGUCGGGAGCGGCGAGGCAAGGAUGUCGGUCCUCAAUCGACGCGAGAUUCUGGGUCGCCGUCAACUGCACUGGUAGAGGCUGCUCCAGUCUCGAGGGCCCCUCGCAUCCUUCAUCUCAGUGCCUCUGAUGCGGCCCAAGUAGCGUUUCUUUCCAGUAUCAGAAACUGGACCGUUGCGUUUUUCGACAGGGCCGAAUCUGGCACGGUUGGAUAUUCGCUGCCAUCACACCCAGGGGCAUCAAGCCCCUCGCCUGAAUCGUCAAUUAAGCCCCCGCCGCGCGAUUUGAACAACCCCGAGCAGCUGAGUUUCGCUUUCAAACUUAUACUGGGCCUUCUCGAUCGCGAUCAGGGCGUCUUGGCUGGCCGUCUAGCUCGUAAGGCGUUCCUCCAGGCAGAAACUCUGCUCGACGCAGAAGGGCCCCUCUUCAUUUGGAAUACCCUCGAGAUCUUCCACAAUAUCGCCCUCCUCCGCCAGGCAAAUCUCGGCCACAUACUUUUGCACCAUCUCAUAAGUCUUGCUGGCAGUAGACCGGUAUCAAAGGUACUGCUUCGACUGCAAGACCUGCUGCAGGCAUGGCAGCAUGACGGCGUUCCUGUCCGGCCGGAAGCGCUCGAGCGAGCGUGGUCGAUAAACGCGGAUCUGACGUUCUCUCGCUUCGAUCCUGAUUACCUGUUGCUCUACUACCAGCUGGUCUGGGAUUCGGAUAUUGUUAAACUUGAUCCCGAGAUCGCGCGUCAUUCGGACAAAUGGUUCGCCAAAAUCCACGACAAGAUCAACAAAACCUCUCUCCACGAUGACGUUGACGUAGCAACUGACAAGCUCUGGCCGAAGCAUGAGCUGACAUUCAACGGCAUUGGUAUCCAUGGCGAUGGAAUAUCACAGCCUGCUAACUUCAACCAAUUGAAGCAAGAAAGUCUUACAGGGGUCACUCAGAUGCUCGACGAGGUCCCCGCCGACUCGACAAUGAGGGUGCGUGUCCUCUCAGCAUGGUUAAAGAGUCAAGUGCUUCAAGACGACGCCGCAAUGCCGGUCCAUUCCGGCAUGGAUAUCCCACGCUUACAAGCCCGUAUCAUGGCUUAUAUCAUCAGAAUCAUCAUGGACUUUGAGACUCAAGGGAGGGAAGAUGUAGACUCUGCAGCUGACAGGAUGAGGACCAUCUUGGCUCUCAGAGAGUAUGGCCAAGGCCGGCUGGGAUCUCAGAUUGUCUAUGAGAUGUGGCAACUUGAGGACCUGCUUGUCCGCGACGGUCGGGUCGAGGAAGCGGCAGACCUUCGCGCAGAGUCAUACAGACGGCUUGAAGAAUUCCUGACCGACAUCCCAGAGGAACCUCACGGAUAA